AUGUCGAUGUUCGGACGUUCAGCGCCUCCCUCGGGUUCCGUCAACCCAGAGCGGAUUGAGGCUGCCAUGGUAGAAUUGGAUAUGGUCACGGAUACAUUCAACCGCAUCGUCUCAGCGUGCCAUUCAAAAUGCAUCAACACACGGUAUAUGGAAGGAGACCUUAACAAAGGCGAAAGCGUCUGCAUAGACCGAUGCGUCGCGAAGUAUUUCGAGGCGAACAAGAAGGUCGGUGAACGGUUGCAGGCCGUCGGAGCGAGUUCACAACAACAGUCCGGCGGUGGUCCUGGAGGGUUCGGUUUGUAG